ACAUCCUAGACUUCCUUAAUUUCUUAUUAUAUAUAGACCCACUGGUUUCAGCACCUAUUCAACAACAACUAUAGUCCUUGUAUCACUCCUCUUCUAUUUUUAUCAUGGAUGGAAAGAAAUUGGAGUACAAAGGUUGGGUUGCGUUGAAAGAAAUUGAGAGGCUUACAGAGAAGGCUGAUGAAGUUCAGGAAACUAUACUGAAAGCGAUCUUAAUGCAAAAUGGGGAAACUGAGUAUUUGAGUAAGUACAUGAAGGGGUCAAAGGACGUAGACGAGUUUAAGUUCCAUGUCCCUGUCAUUACUUACAAGGAUGUCUGUCCUUAUAUCCAAAGGAUUGCUACUGGAGAAGACUCUUCUCUGGUCACCGGUCAUCCUGUUACUGAGAUGUUAUGCAGUUCAGGGACUUCUGCAGGAGAGCCUAAGUUAAUGCCAUCAAUAGCAGAAGAUCUAAAUCGCCGAACCUUUGUAUAUAACCUCAUCAUGCCGAUAAUGAACCAGUACAUCUCUGGUCUUGAUGAGGGCAAAGCAAUGUUCCUGUACUUUAUCAAGGCGGAAAUGUCUACUCCCUGUGGCUUACCAGCUCGAACUGUGCUAACUAGUUACUACAAAAGCAAACACUUCAAGUGCCGAACCCGUGAUGCAUUCAAUGAUUUCACUAGCCCGGACCAAGCCAUCCUAUGCAAGGAUAGCAACCAGAGCAUGUAUUGCCAGUUGCUAUCUGGUCUAGUUCACCGUCAUCAAGUCCUAAGGCUUGGAGCAGUGUUUGCGUCAGCUUUUCUUCGAGCCAUUUCAUUUCUUGAGCGCAACUGGGGUCGCCUAUGCAAUGAUAUACGCAGUGGUGACUUAGAUCCUACCAUCACAGAUCCUGAAUGUCGUUCAUGCAUGUCAAUGUUACUAACAUCACCGAAUCCUUCUCUUGCGGAUGAAAUUGAGGAUAUUUGUAGCAAUACAUCAUGGAAGGGAAUUUUAUGUCACCUUUGGCCCAGAGCUAAGUACAUUGAGGCGGUGGUGACUGGGUCUAUGGCACAAUAUAUACCAUCACUGGAGUAUUAUAGUGAAGGGAAGUUGCCCUUGGUGUGUACAAUGUAUGCAUCCUCAGAGUGUUAUUUCGGUGUCAAUUUGAAACCUUUAUGCGAUCCUGCAGACGUGGCUUUUACCCUCUUGCCUAACAUGUGUUAUUUUGAGUUUAUACAUCUGGGAGAGAAUGGGACCUGGUUAGUGAACAAAGAUGAGGAAGGAGAAGUGCCCAAUGAUAAGCUUGUCAAUUUGGUGAAUGUUAGACUCGGCUCCUACUAUGAGUUGGUGGUUACUACCUUUGCUGGGCUAUAUCGUUAUCGUAUAGGCGAUGUACUCCGAGUGACAGGAUUUCACAAUAAAGCCCCGCAAUUUCAAUUCAUUUGUAGGAGAAAUGUCGUUCUCAGCAUUGACAAUGACAAAACUAACGAGGAAGAUCUUCACAAGAGCAUCACAGCUGCGAAGAAAUUACUGGAACCCUAUGAUGCCCUCCUCGUGGAAUACACUAGCUAUGCAGACACAUCGUCUGUACCAGGGCACUAUGUGCUGUAUUGGGAAAUUCUCCAUGAUGCAUCAUUCCCAGACUCUUCAGCCCAACUUGAUGUCAAACUACUCCAAGAAUGUUGCAUUAGUGUAGAAGAAAAACUUGAUUAUGUGUACAGGCGAUGCCGUGCUCACGACAAGUCUGUAGGACCACUGGAGAUACGUGUGGUGGAGUCUGGCACAUUUGAGGCACUAAUGGAUUUUUUCAUUGGCCAAGGGGCAUCAAUCAAUCAGUAUAAAACACCAAGGAGCAUCAAGUCGAAUGCUGCUCUUAAGUUACUUAAUUCCCAUGUUAAGGCAUCAGCUUUUAGUCCAAGAGAUCCUGCUUGGAUCCCUUGAUUCUGUUGAUCAAACUUGAAGCCUUUUCUCCUGAUCGUUCCUCGAUACUUCCACUACUAGUCAAAGCAGAUCUAAAGGGCUAAUCAACAGCAAUGUGGAAUGCCCUGAACCAUUAUAUAUGUACCUAAAAUGUGCUGCUUGUGAUCCUUUCUGGUUUUCUGGGAAAUUUAAUCUUUGAUUAUUAUGAGA